AUGUCGGCGCCGGAGGUCAAAGUCAGUAAAAAGGAGCUCAACUCCAACCACGACGGGGCCGACGAGACCUCAGAAAAAGAACAGCAAGAAGCAAUUGAACAUAUUGAUGAAGUACAAAAUGAAAUAGACAGACUUAAUGAACAAGCCAGUGAGGAGAUUUUGAAAGUAGAACAGAAAUAUAACAAACUCCGCCAACCAUUUUUUCAGAAGAGGUCGGAAUUGAUCGCCAAAAUCCCCAAUUUUUGGGUAACAACAUUUGUUAACCAUCCACAAGUGUCUGCACUGCUUGGGGAGGAGGAUGAAGAGGCGCUGCAUUAUUUGACAAGAGUUGAAGUGACAGAAUUUGAAGAUAUUAAAUCAGGUUACAGAAUAGAUUUUUAUUUUGAUGAAAACCCUUACUUGGAAAAUAAAGUUCUCUCCAAAGAAUUUCAUCUGAAUGAGAGUGGUGAUCCAUCUUCAAAGUCCACCGAAAUCAAAUGGAAAUCUGGAAAGGAUUUGACGAAACGUUCAAGUCAAACACAGAAUAAAGCCAGCAGGAAGAGACAGCAUGAGGAACCAGAGAGCUUCUUCACCUGGUUUACUGACCACUCUGAUGCAGGUGCAGAUGAGUUAGGAGAGGUCAUCAAAGAUGAUAUUUGGCCAAAUCCGUUACAGUACUCCUUGGUUCCCGAUAUGGAUGAUGAAGAAGGGGAAGGAGAAGAAAAUGAUGAUGAAGAAGAAGAAGGAUUGGAAGAUAUCGAUGAAGAAGGAGAUGAGGAUGAAGGUGAAGAAGAUGAAGAUGAUGAUGAGGGGGAGGAAGGAGAGGAGGAUGAAGGAGAUGACUAA